AUGUCGAAAAAAUUUGUCAAGGCACAAAAUUCGCAGGACAGCAACAAUAGCAGGGUGCAGAAAAUAACAGAAAAGUUUGAAACGCUCAUAACAUCGCAACAGCAACAGGUGCAUCCUCAGCAACACCAACACCCAUCCGUCCAGAUUUCGCAGUUGAAAGGGCCCAAUUUUGACCGCGACAGUCAAAAGUUUGAUCAUACGACUGUUGAAGUGCGCGAUUUAGAUGCUCGGCGCGGUAUCAAACGUUCUCAAGCAUUCCGCCGAAGCACGUCGAAAACGGGCUCGAUUAAUGGUGUUACUGCAACAACCACCUCAAACCAGCAGCUCAUUCACACGGACAGCAUUCGGGAAGCACUAAACAAACCACUCCCGGUUGGUCCCCCACCGGAGAAACCUCCCAGAACGUGGAAACGUGAGACUUCCGAUGGAGCCGGGUUUGCCGUGGAUGUUGAUCGGGUUACGGAGUCCCAGCACUACGAGGAGGUAAACAUGCUUAUAGAAGCCGCAUUCCAAGAACCAGAAAAAAGGGCACAUGAAUCACCGUCGCGGGAGCAAAUAUCUUUGAAACGGCCCGUGAGUGAAGAGCAUCGAAAGCGACUUCGAAGGUUGUCGCGUUGCGCUGAGUUAAACCACUACACCCAACAGUAUGGCACAAUCCGGGUGUAUGAUAUUCCGGAUAAAGCAGACACCUCUGGCGCUGUGGAGUAUGAAGCAACGGAUACCAAAGGAUUGAUCGAACGCUACAACAGAUUGAGCAUUGUCGAAGCUAAACCACGCUCUGUGGGUUUGCAAACGUUGUUCGAAUAUUGCAUUGUUGUCGGUUACGAUAUGAUGCAAAACAAAGCGUAUAUUAAGAGCAAAUAUCCUACGAAGAAGCAACUGCAUAAGUUGAUUGAAGUAUUUGUUUAUCCAGACAACGGGGCUCUGGUGAGGAACGUUAAUCAACAGUACUGUAUCAUACUAACCGAUUAUCCCCAGCGGUUGUACGGAUUUUGUCGACGAGUACUGCCGGAAUCAUCAGAAUUUUGUAUUCCAUUAACCUAUUGCCUCGUAACGAAGUACAAUGAGCCGAAAGUAUUUUAUAAGCUUCUGGAGUGCAUUGAGAGCCAACAUGGAAAUGGCCGUGUGCCGGAACUGUUAAUGGAGCAAUUUUACGAGCAGAAGCUCCCGCUAGCCGGCGAAAAACUUGUUUUGACGCUGCCAGUCAGUUUUGAGAUUCGACCCAUCCCUCAAGAGGCAGAACUACUGCCUAUCAUCAUGACAAUAAACCGUCCCAAAGACUUACGCUUAGAAAAAACGGAACUAUACGAUCUUUUUAAAUGUCUCGGUUCUGAUGGGCUUAUGCACGUAUUUGAAUGCCUACUCCUCGAAAAAAUGGUGAUAUUAUUUAGCGAACACAUAUCGCUAUUAACGUCCUGCGUGCAGGGUCUACUGUUAAUACUCUACCCAUUCCAAUGGCAGCAUAUUUUAGUAACGAUCAUUCCGGACCACUUGCAACAAAUGCUGGAAGCACCCGUUCCUAUGCUUGCCGGCACCUUGCAGCCUGUACCGGAAGAACUAUGGGUUGACGGGAAUGCGUGUUACGUGAAUCUAGAUAGGCGCCUCGUGCGUCCAGUAACAAAGGAACAGUACUCAAUUCUACCGAGCGAGCUGAAGAAACCGCUAAGCGUGUCGCUAGAGCUCGUGAAAAUAUUCGAAGAUUCCCAAGAGCUUGCAAGUGUGUUGAUCGGAGGCGCGUUUGUACGCUUUUUUGUCGAACUGUUUUCAAAUUUGGAUCCCUCCACUUAUCAGAAGUCUUCAUUCUUGGAACUGUUCGAAAAUCCCGAAGUGAAGCUGUUUCUCAACUGCUUUUUGGAAACUGUGAUGUUUGCAGACUUUCUCGAACAAUGGCCUUCCUCCAAAGACGUAGGAAAUACGCGAACCAGUUUAGGUAGUUUUGAUUACACACUGUUCAAUUCCAAGAUAGCAGAAAAAUCGCAAAACAAGUAUUGGCAUACUGUUACAUUCGAUGAAGUUGUAGCCAAUUCUAAACAAAUAGAACGCAAAGGGAAAACAUUCAUGUCGAAAGUGAAGAGUUUGAUGAAAAAAUCUUAAACAAACCUAUGUUUUAUGAUGAUGAUAAAAAGCGUAGUCACGCCAUAGUUGAAUGAAAAGUAUGAUAAUGACGAAUUUUAAGUGUUCAAUGCUCUAGAUAGCCAUAUUGACCGGUUUUUUAAAUCUUUUACAAAAAUACCUGUAAGCAUUUGUUCUGG